UCAUCGAGGAAUAAACAGCCCGUCUGGCUUAUUCAUGUUUCUAACAAAAAGCCAGUGGAGUUAGUAGCAUUGUCGGGGCUCGUGGAGGGUCUUUCACUUUUCGCUUGCAUGCCUAUGCAUACGGUAUGUUGCAGGCUGGCUACCUGGUAGCAUCCAGAAGAAGACCACGGCCAUGAUGAGAAUGCUCUUUUCUUUCCCCGCCAUUGGAUCCAACCUGAACCCUGAUUUUGGCAGCUCCGUGCACACUUUGCUUUUUCCCCACACAGCAUGCCCUACAAUUGGCCCCCUACUAGCACAGGAGACACACCCCAACAGAUGCCCCCCAGCACCGAUAUUCCUACAACCUUCAUCCCCAUCGCUGCAAUGCUUGCCAAGGAUGACUACGGUAGCCCCCCAGCACUGGAUUUCCAACAACCUCUAGCUAGUAGCUCCAGCAGCACUGCAAAGCCCACAGUACCACUUGUCCCAUCACUGGAUUUCAAACACCAAUGGAGGUGCUCCACGUCAUGAGUCGAGAAGCCAACUCCAAUUCAUCCAUCGAUCGAUCUCUUCGCCCUCUCAACGGUCACUCAGGACGUCCAAACUAUGGUACCGAUCCUCGAUAGCUACCGUUGUGUUGUAAAAACUGCAGUCACAGUAGCAAACACUACGGGUACGUAUCGCAGUAACUCCAGCUACAGUAGCCAUCAGCUAGCUACCAGGUACUAUAGGCAUGUAGAGACCAUUUUUGUUUUCGAAACAAAACUGAAGUGCUAGCUACCGUUGCUACUCAGAGUAGCCAGUAGCUGCAACAAUGAUGUUCUUCGGCCGUAUUGGGCGUGCCACAACCGCGGGGGCACCAUGGGCGUCGGCCCUGACCUUUUCCCUUCUCCUGAUUAUGCAUGACGUUGUGUCAGCUCAAGAGUGUGCUUCCGAAAUUGAUUGCCCCAUAAACUGGGAUUGCAUCAAAACUGGUGCCUUUGGUGGCCUCUUUGGUAAACAGAAAGGGCGCUGCUCUCCUGUCAGCUGUGCUGUAGGUGCUGCGGAAGCUCUACUGGAGAGUGGUUUUGAUGCGGAAGCCUACCUUGAUGAUAUCAAGACCAUCACAGGGAUGACACGGAACAGAGACUUCAUGGGGCUUGCUGAUGCUGAUAGUGACACGAGCAGUCUUCUUGCAGAAGCUUUUGCAAUUCACCCACCUCCAUUAUUGGCGACAUUCAAGGGGAAUUAUUCAGCAUGUGCCUAUCUGAACAAUGGGAAUCUUCGUCAUCAGCGAGAGCUCAAUCUCGUUGGAGACAUUUGGGUUGGGCUACAAUUGAGUGCAGCUGCCUUCCUCUCCUACUUUUUAAAGUAUUCUGUGUAUUCUGAUGCAUACACCAACAAGCUAGAUUACCAACUGCUUCAGAAUUGUGUUGGUUUACUCAUGGGUGCUGAUGUUGGUUUGGAUCUGCUGAUUCAAAUAAACUAUGGGUUACGAAGCAUUGAGGAAGAGGACCCCAGUCAGCAGAGACAACGACCACCAUAUUCCGAAGACAGAAUCUACCAGUGUUUUCCUCUCGCUACUGUUGCCGUUGUUGGUGUCCAGGUUUGUUGGUUCCAAGACAGUGGGCCAAGUGAGGGAGAAGUUCUUGAGCUUACCUUGUAUGGGGCAAGUCUUGGGGCUGCCAUUGGAGGAUAUUCUCAUUGCUUUACAACUUUGACUGCCACAGAGUCGACAAGGUUGUGAGCUGUAAUUUGCGUGUGUGAUUUUUGUUGUGUUAUUGUUGCCAUGUGCGGUACUUUUAUACAUCACGAACUCCAAUGGUCAACCCCCAAGAUUUGCUCCAGACUAGCUAGCUAGCUAGGUCAAAAGUGCUCAAACCACAACAUUAAUUAAGAUCUACCGUAUGUGGGGGU